AGAUCUCUUGGCAAUCAUCUUCCGACCACUCCCUGCAUGCGCCCCUACGGGCAGGAGUAGGGGGCGCUUCUCCCUUCCCUAACCUAACCUCACUAGAUGCGGAAAUCCUACCUCUUGUGAACGUGUCUUUGGGUCUCGCUCUCUUGGUCUUGUUUUCUUCUGUUGUUUCUCAUCUACGAGUUUGGCCUCUUCUCUGUAAUUGCCACCUCCCCAUUCUCCAACAGAAUACAUGUUUCCCCACUUGGAGUCAGAGUAAUUGAUACUUUAGGAUCCGCCAUGGGCUCCACUUCCCUUUUAAACACCAUCCAGACUUGCUCGCCUAAAGGGUCUUUCCUGGGGGCUGCAGCAGCGUCUCUCCCUUCUCGCGUAGCAGAUAUCAAAGAAAGCGAGCCCAGGACGUGCCCAUAUAUGAACCUGAAACAGAGAGCUGCCUCGUUCGCAGUUGACGCUCUCGCCUCCCCCCUUCGGCGAGUUCACUGGCUGGCACAGCGCGGAUACCAGCGACUCCCUUCUCUCUUCGCCUGACUUCCUUCUGGGAGCUCAUAAACCCGCGGCAGUUCAAUCACUCCGCAGCGAGCCCCGGCGCUCACUGGGCAUGCUCAGUGGCCCGGCCCGGCUCCGGCGGCCAGAGGUUGUCUUGGACGCACCACUUGGGUCCGGAUUCACCGAGCGCGGGCUGAGCACAGCGGCCCCUGAGCCGGGAGUGAGACGCGCCUUGCCGUCCCUGCCCGGGCGCCCGCCCCGUCAGAGAGCCGAAGUUCCGGACUCCAAGGAGCCCCCAACUUUGCGCCAAGUUCCGAGCUGCGGGGGGAGACAUGCCCAUGAUGACCAGGGACGUUCUGCUAGAAAUGGAGCUGGAGGAGGACGACGAAGAAGACGGGGAUAUCGGUAAUGUUCCUGCCUCCAAGAGGCCUUUAAUGGCUCCUCCCACUCUCCCAUCCAGCCUGGCCUUGGAAAACCUUGAACAGACAAUUGUCUCUGGUUUUGGAUCAUUGGAAAGUCAGCAGGACUUCCGAACCCCGGAGUUUGAAGAAUUUAAUGGAAAACCUGACUCCCUCUAUUUCAAUGAUGGUCAGCGAAGAAUUGACUUUGUUCUAGUGUAUGAAGAUGAAAGUAGAAAAGAGACCAAUAAAAAGGGUUCAAAUGAAAAACAAAGAAGAAAAAGACAAGCAUAUGAAUCUAACCUCAUCUGUGAUGGUCUGCAGCUAGAAGCCACCAGAUCCCUUGUGGAUGACAAGCUCGUAUUUGUAAAAGUACAUGCCCCGUGGGAGGUGCUAUGUACCUAUGCAGAGAUAAUGCACAUCAAAUUGCCUCUGAAACCCAAUGAUCUGAAAACCCGGUCCUCAGCCUUUGAUAAUUUCAAUUGGUUUACCAAACUCCUCCAAGUGGAUGAAAGUAUCAUCAAGCCAGAGCAAGAAUUUUUCACUGCCCCAUUUGAGAAGAACCGCAUGAAUGACUUUUACAUUCAAGACAGAGACACAUUCUUCAAUCCAGCCACCAGAAGCCGCAUUGUUUACUUCAUUCUUUCUCGGAUAAUGUACCAAGUAAGGGACAAUGUUAAAAAGUUUGGAAUUAACAAACUCGUAAGCUCUGGAAUCUACAAAGCAGCUUUCCCUCUCCAUGAUUGCAACUUCAGCAGCCCAUCGGAGGACCUCAGCUGCCCCAAUGAGCGGUACCUUCUGUACAGGGAAUGGGCUCAUCCUCGAAGCAUAUACAAAAAGCAGCCCUUGGAUCUUAUCAGGAAAUAUUAUGGAGAGAAGAUUGGGAUCUAUUUUGCCUGGCUGGGCUAUUACACUCAGAUGCUUCUCCUGGCAGCCAUCGUGGGAGUGGCUUGCUUUCUCUAUGGAUAUUUCACUCAGAAUAACUGUACAUGGAGCAAAGAAGUUUGUGAUCCUGACAUUGGCGGCCAGAUCAUAAUGUGUCCUCAAUGUGAUAAAGAGUGUCCAUUCUGGUCACUCAAUGUUACUUGCGAGUCCUCAAAGAAAUUGUGCAUCUUUGACAGUUUUGGAACCCUAGUCUUUGCAGUAUUUAUGGGGGUGUGGGUAACCUUGUUUUUGGAGUUUUGGAAGCGGCGCCAGGCAGAACUUGAGUACGAAUGGGACACUGUUGAGUUACAGCAGGAAGAGCAAGCCCGACCAGAAUACGAGGCACGGUGUACUCACGUGGUGAUAAAUGAGAUCACUCAGGAAGAAGAGCGUGUUCCCUUCACCACCUGGGGAAAGUGUAUACGUGUAACCCUCUGUGCCAGUGCUGUCUUUUUCUGGAUCCUGUUGAUCAUUGCUUCCGUUAUUGGGAUCAUUGUCUACAGGCUCUCCGUGUUUGUUAUAUUUUCUGUAAACCUUCGCAAGAUCUCUAAUGGAACAGACCCAAUCCAGAAGUAUGUAACUCCACAGAUGGCCACGUCCAUCACUGCUUCCCUCAUCAGCUUUAUCAUCAUCAUGAUUCUGAACACUAUAUAUGAGAAAGUGGCAAUCAUGAUUACUAACUUUGAACUCCCUAGGACCCAGACUGAUUAUGAGAACAGCUUAACCAUGAAGAUGUUCUUAUUCCAGUUUGUCAACUACUACUCUUCGUGUUUCUACAUCGCAUUCUUUAAGGGCAAAUUUGUGGGUUAUCCAGGAGAUCCAGUUUAUUGGCUGGGAAAAUACAGAAAUGAAGAGUGUGACCCAGGUGGGUGUCUGUUUGAACUGACAACACAGCUGAUAAUCAUCAUGGGAGGAAAAGCAAUCUGGAAUAACAUACAAGAGGUGUUACUUCCCUGGGUCAUGAACGUGUUUGGACGGUGUCACACCGUUUCAGGAGCAGAAAAGAUAAUCCCACGAUGGGAACAAGACUACCAUCUGCAGCCCAUGGGCAAACUGGGAUUAUUUUAUGAAUAUCUUGAAAUGAUUAUUCAGUUUGGGUUCGUCACCUUAUUUGUGGCCUCUUUUCCACUGGCCCCUCUGUUGGCUCUGGUGAACAAUAUAUUGGAAAUAAGAGUGGACGCGUGGAAACUGACUACCCAAUAUAGACGCAUGGUGCCAGAAAAAGCCCAGGACAUCGGAGCAUGGCAGCCCAUCAUGCAAGGAAUAGCAAUUCUGGCUGUGGUGACCAAUGCCAUGAUCAUUGCAUUCACAUCAGACAUGAUCCCCCGGCUGGUCUAUUACUGGUCCUUCUCCAUCCCGCCAUAUGGGGACCACCCAGACUACACAAUGGAAGGAUACAUCAACAUAAGUCUCUCCAUCUUCAAUACUGCCGACUUUAAAAGCAGAGUCAAGGAAAGUCCAUACGCUGGGUCUAAAUAUGACACGUGCAGGUAUCGUGAUUUCCGGUACCCUCCUGGACACCAACAAGAGUAUAAACACAACAUCUAUUAUUGGCAUGUGAUUGCAGCCAAGCUGGCUUUUAUCAUUGUCAUGGAGCAUAUCAUCUAUUCUGUGAAGUUUUUCAUUUCAUAUGCAAUUCCAGAUGUAUCGAAAAGCACGAAGAGCAAGAUCAAGAGAGAAAAAUACCUAACCCAGAAGCUUCUUCAUGAGAAUCACCUCAAGGACAUGACCAAAAAUAUAGGAGUCAUCGCUGAGAAGAUGAUAGGAGCAGCAGUAGAGAACAGUUUACGACCAAAAUCCGACUAAGAGCGUAAUGUUCUGAGAAGCACUUUAAAGAAUUUAGCUCUGUCAAAAGUUAUUAUGAAUCACUAAUGAGAAUGUUUAAGUCAAAUCACUUUGGCAAAUAGGAGUCUUAACUAUCGCCAUUUUCAUGCAGAUUGUUUUUCAGUUUCAGCUAGUGAUGCAGGAACUGGAAAAUGUAAAAUUGAGUUCAAGAAGGGCAUAAAACUAAUCACCAGAAAGACCAAAAAUGUUACUUUUUUGGAUAAAUUGGAAUUUUAAUCACACACAGGAAUUCUCUUCAUGUGCUUAAAGAAACAACAUCUACCAAAGCAGAGUGGAUUUUUUUCCUCGUUUGAUUAUUUUCAUUCCUUUCUGUUCUCAAGCACAUGAUCUUUUUUUUAUUUCUAGGCACUGUUUUGUUUCUUCACUUUUGCUAGAGCUGCUCCAGAGUUAUCCUUCCAUUACAGUACCAUCAUUAAAGCUCUUGUGUGAUUAAAAAUAUCUAACACAGAAUUCAGUUUGAAUGCUGUAUUAAGUUGCAGAUAGACCCAAGACUUUACAAUAUUUAGGUGUAUUAUCACGUUCCUAUAGAAAAGGAAACCUCAGGUAAUAAGAGGAAAUAGUUUCAGUCUUCAUCUUGGCCUAUCUUUCCAUCUCAGAGAAAGACUCUUAAUGGAUUGAAAUGAAGAUAGCAUUUCUGAGCAUAUUUGUGCUAUUGAUCAGGAUAAUGAAUUUACAUCUUCUAAAGAUACAUCAUAUCUUGAAAAAAAUGAAAUCAAGUGAUUAAAAUUACAUAUUUAUCAACAUAAUGGUUUGGAAAAGAUGAGCCUAUCAAGUCCCCACCAGUUGCCCUUUAUCUGUUAGAUCUAGGAAGUACAGUAUUGCAAGGACCCUUGUGAUUGGCUCACAGCCAUUGUAUCAGCACAGUGCUGUGCACGUCAAGAGAACAGCAGGUCUCCUCAGUGUGACCUCACUGUGUUCCUAAGAGGGGUUCUGCACGUCCUAGUGAUCAGCCUACCAAAGCAUCUGCCAUAGUGAAGGUAGCUCAGCACAUCCUCCCUUCUCUUACUUUCUGCCCAGGAACUUGUUUGUAAUUGCAUGUUUGCACCUGGGGAGUGUUUUUAGGGAGGGAGACGGAGAAACAGGAGGAUACCCAGAUUAUUCCCAAACAAGAAAAGAGACUGGAUUUGAUUUGAAUUUUCAGCCUCCUAUCAAGCCAAUCAGGCAAUUAAGUGUCAAAAAAAAAAAAAAUUUUGGUUUGGUCACAAACCCUGCGGUCAGCUGGAGGUAUCUUCCUGGUGAACUCCUGUCCCACCGUGUACAUGUUGCCCUCGGUUUAUUCAGCUCAGCGUUCUUUACUGCACUUUACUGCCUUUUGGAUGCCUAGCCCUCUGAUAGGCUCUAGAGAAGACACAGGGCCCGUACCUCUCACCCGUUACUGGUGACAGGGCAGGGCUGGGUGCAGAGAGAGUGUCUGGCACCUCGCUCUCUCUAAAUGGGCCACUCGCCACCCAUUAAGAUGCUGCUCAAUGCCCAGGUGCCACAGGAGCCGAGGCACUUAGAAUCCCAGCAGCGAAGAGAAAGGAAACACUUUUCAGUGAGCAAAUCGACAGGCUUGCUAUAAUAUAACAGCUUCACUCCAGGUCAUAGUUCUAAAUGCCUGCCAUGAAUGUUAACAAACCAGGUUGUGGGGGGCUGGGGAGGGGGGAGGCGUGGCGGGGUGGAGUAUUAAUGUAGGAUUCAGCGAAACAGUGUUCUGGACUUUUGAAUUGUCCCAGUGAAUCAGGAUCAUUUCACUAACUUUCUUGAUAAUGUUAAGGGUAUGUGUGAUCAAAGAGUGCUCAUGACAGGCCACAUGCGGUCUGGUCACAGAGGGAGCGAGAAAUGCAUUCUUCCCAGUGGGGAAGCAUUCUCGCCCCUUCCCCAACUCACCUGGGACACUGCUCCUGAAAGUGGUGCCUCCUCUGCUCUAUUACCUCUUCUCUUUGAAGUGUAGGACUUUCUCCUAGCGUUGGAUUUGGCAGUUACUCACUGUGGAACUAUAAACAAGGAAAUGUUCUUGCCUUAUCUCCUUGUAUAUAAAAUAGAACUUGAAUUGUGCAUUUCUGUUUUCAUAAAUCGUCUUCAUAGUUCAAAAUGUGCUUCUGUGGACAGGAGGGAAGAAAACCUCUGCGUUUUUAAAGGCAGCAAAUAUGAUACAUGAUGCUGCCAGUACUCCCCAGAUGGCCAGGUUGUAAUGGAGACCUAGGGUCAUCUGUGACACCGCCAUUGUUCAUGUAAGUCUAGUGCUGAGUUGUGGGUGAUGAACAUGUGGGGCUGUGUCUGCAGGCACUUGCGGGCUGGAUCUGUAAAUGUGAGCAGAGGCAGCCCCCUGGCAAAAUGGAUGGGUGUGGCAGUGGACCCAUGAGGGAAAAUCUGGCCCUAGACCUGCCCUGUUAACCACUAGAGAAAUUUUACUUUGUAUCCUUUUGUGAUGCCUGUGAAUUUUAACAGAUCAAAGCAUUAGACCAAAAUACUCAGGAGAUUUUUCUCUAAAUAUCCCUGAUAUUUUAGUUAUGUCAAUAGGAUGGGAAAGCUUUCAUUUUUGUUUGAAAACUAAACCAUCUUGCAAACUGUUUAUCACUGAAAGUCUUCCCUUAUAAUUGCACGUGCAUCUUGAAUUUCAGAAAACAUUAAUUCACAAUAGGGGAGCAGGACAUGCUCUUUGUUGAAACACUUCUUGUACCAUUUUCUUGUGUCCAUAUUAUAUUUUAAGAUGUUUGAAAAGUUAAAACGUAUGAACAGCUUAAGUCAAACUGAAAUAUUCAUGAUGCUUUUCAUACACUGUGGCGUAAGAUGUAAAGUUUGUAAUAUUUUGCAAAUUUCUGUGCAUUUUAAUAUUCUUUUUAUAAUUAUGAGCAUUUUAAUAAAUUCAUUUUUAAAA